CAGUCAAAAGUGCAAGUUCCGCAGCCGUUUGUCAGCGCCGACGUCGCCGCCCCGCCCGCGUUUACUAUCCCCCGAGCGGGUGCCCGUGCCAAGCUUGACUGCCGCGGCAAGUCGCCCGAGCGGCGCCCGCGGACUAGACGCGCGCCUCGCAAAGUAUUGCGCCAUGCGGUAUCGUACCGCUUAUCGCCGCGCCCUGCGAGCGUGUAUCGCGGGCUAGUGCAGUGUAGGUGCCGUCGGGCGCACGUGGCUUCCUUCUUCCUCACUCACAAGUCCCGAACCUCAAGUCGUCUUGCCUUGCCUUUCCCUUUCCCUUUCCCUGCCAUUUCCAUUUCCUAUACCCUGACAUCCUCACACCCCUCUGCACUCGCACCCGCACACACAACCACCCCCCUGCACUCAACCACCCACCAUGAAGAAACCCCUCCGCAUAGCCGUCCUCCAGUGCGACCAGCCGCCGCCCGACGUCGUCGCGCAGUACGGCGCGUAUGACCGCAUCUUCGCCACGCUGCUGCAGACGGCGGCUGCGCGGAUGGGGCUGCAAGAGGCGGAUUUGGAGAUCACGGGGUGGGAUGUCGUGGGCAAGAUGGAGUAUCCGCUGCUGGAGGACGUGGACGGGGUGUUGAUUAGCGGGUCGAAACACAACUCGUUCGACGACGAGCCCUGGAUCCUCAAGCUCGUCGCCUUCACAGAAGUUAUCCUGCGGCUGAACCGCGUGCGCCUGGUCGGCGUGUGCUUCGGGCACCAGAUCAUCGGGCGCGCGCUGGGGUCGCGCGUCGGGCGCAGCGACGCCGGGUGGGAAAUUGCCGUGCUGCCCGUCGAGCUGACGGAGCUGGGGAAGCAGGUGUUUGGACAGGAGACGCUGGCUAUCCACCAAAUGCACAAAGACAUCGUCUACUCCCUCCCCCCCGGCGUCCAGAGCCUCGGGUCCUCGCCGCGCUGCGCAAACCAGGGCAUGUACGCUCCGCGGCGCCUGAUCUCGGUGCAAGGCCACCCCGAGUUCCACGAGGGCAUUGUGAGCCGGCUGGUCAAGAUGCGCAAUGCACAGGGCAUUUUCAACGACGAGCAGGCGCAGGAUGCGCUGGGGAGAGUCGGGAACGCGCAUGAUGGGGUGGUGAUUGCGCAGGCGUUUUUGAGGUUUUUGCUGGAGGAGUAGGGGGGAGGAAAGUAUAGAAGGGACUGGUUGACGCGGGCUGGUAUAGUAGAGGUAGAGGUAUAGACAGUGCUUGUAUCUACUAAUCAAGUCCUCCAACUCCUCCCGCUCUCCUCAUUAACCCCAUCUCCAUCAAUACUGCGUUGCAACCGGCGUCCCCACGGGCGUCUGCAAAC